AUGAAUCCCAUCCCGACUGAUCUCGUCCUCGACAUAUUCUCGAGAUUGCCUUCAAAGUCUAUCGUGAGGUUUCGUUGUCUGUCUAAACUAUGGGGUUCCAAACUUCAUCAUUCAUACUUCACCGACUUUUAUCUCAUCAAAUCCUCGACUCGUCCACGUCUCUUAUUCCUCCUCCAAGGAAACCGCAGUUUGAGCUUCUUCUCGUCGCCUCAGCCUCAGAAUCCAUAUGAGAAGUCUUCUCUUGUAGUCACAGCCGGUUUUCGAGUGAAGAUCCCUAAAGACUUGUCGAUGGAAUUUAUUGGAUAUGCCUCUGGUUUGAUCUAUUUUUGUUAUACACAAACCUCAGAAGGGUAUACAUAUAAAGUGCAUUUGAUAUGUAACCCUAGUACAGGACAAUGUGCAAGCUUGCCUAAACUGAGAAUGCCUGGAGGGUCACAUAGCUUUUUUGGGUUUGAUCCGAUUGAAAAGCAAUUCAAGAUAUUGUCAGUGGCUGAGGAUGGUCAUAGAAUUCUGACAUUAGGAACUGGAGAAAUGAUUUGGAGGAAGAUCCAGUGUCCCUUAACCCAUUGUCCUUACUCCACACGGAUAUGCAUCAAUGGGGUUUUGUAUUACUUGGCUGUCAAUGAUACUUCUGAAUUGAUAGUUUGCUUUGAUGUUAGGUCCGAGAAAUUCAAAUUCAUUGAAGUCAUUGAAGAAGAAGAAUGCUUUUAUUAUGAUGAAUUGAUAAACUAUAAGGGUAAAUUAGGUGGGAUUUUUAUGAAGAAUGAUAACGCUGAUAGAAGUGGUAUCCCUAAGCUGUGUUUGUGGGUUCUAGAGGAUGUCGAGAAACAGAAAUGGUCUAAAUAUGUCCACACUUUGCGGGAUGAUAAAAUCGACAACUGGUAUUAUAUUUCUGUCGUUGGAAUGACUGCUACAGGUGAAAUUGUAUUGUUGAAGAACUAUAAAUCUAAACCGAUUUAUGUCUUCUACUUCAAUCCCGUAAGGAACACUCUCCAAAGUGUUGAAAUCCAAGGUUUUGGAGAAUACUCUGAUGCGAAUCGUCGUAGUGUUUCUGUCUCUAUAGACUAUGUAGAGGAUCUAAACUUUUUCUAA